GGCGCCAAGGCGAAUAAUGGGCGGCUGAUACGAUGUCUUUAUCGAUGUUUUUCCAUGCAAAUAGCAUCAUCGUUUCGAUAACACACAUUUCACCCAUCUUUGGCAGCGCAGCUAGCUCAGGUGGCCGACAAAAAUGAGCGACGUCUACAAAGAUCACUACCAGGUUCUGGGCUUACCGAGAAACGCCACCGACAGUGAGAUUAAGGAAGCUUUUCGGCGGCUGUCCCUGAAAUAUCAUCCCGACAAAAACGAGGAUGGAGCGGAGGAGUUCCUUAGAAUCAACGAGGCCCACAGCGUCCUGAUUGACCAUCAGAGAAGGGCCAUGCACGAUUUCUGCUUGCAGUCCGUGGACUUUGAAGUCAUUAUUCCCGCCGAGAACGCUAGUUGCCAACUGUCUGAAUUGGGAAAUGCAUUCUUCCCAAUGCCACCCGAAACGCCGCCAGGUAGUUUUCACAAAAAGCUCAAAGUUGCUGUCUUCAUCGGAGGCAUUCUGGUUGGUACAUACGUGGGGUACCGGGUAUUCCAGAAACCGCCGCCAUCGAUCCCAGUUCCCCGGCCAAUCACUCUUCCAGUGACGCAGGAACUAAGCCAUUCGCAUCUCGGAUCCCUAUGGACAUUGACCUCCGGGCUAUUGGCAUUGAGAUCGAAAAGAAUACUGGGACUCGGCAAACUGGUGCCAGGAGCAAAUGCUCGAGUUUCUCCUAGGACUCUGAACGCGCCCUUAUCUUCGGCUGCCGAAGUCGUGGCCAAAACAGUAAUCCGAGGCCCAGGAGCCGUAGGAUCUGCUGCAACUUCCAGUUCGUCCUUAGCAUCGGCAGCGAACGUGGCUGUGAAAUCCCUACCAGGCAAAGCUUCAAUGAAUUCUGCUACGGAAACAGUGGCUAAAACACUUUCCCAGGGAUCACGAGCUGGACCAUCUUCAGCUUUCAAAACAUAUUCGUCCCCAGCGGUGUCAUACUUGCGCUCUCUUCUAAAUUGGGCAACUACACCGAAAUGGGGCAAGGCACCACGAGCUGGACCAUCUUCAGCUUUCAAAACAUAUUCGUCCCCAGCGGUGUCAUACUUGCGCUCUCUUCUAAAUUGGGCAACUACACCGAAAUGGGGCAAGGCACCACAGGCAACCAUUGCUGGUUUGGUUCAUAACUCCAAAAACUCUAAAAUAUCUUCGUAUUUGCGUGCUUUGGCCGGACGCUUUAGGAAGCUCCUUUAGUCCCACCCUUAGACGCCUCCAAAGACACUCUUUUCAAGGGAGUCGCCGCCACUUGGGUAUGGACCGAAAAUUGAAAAAUUCCAUUGGUGACUCCGCUAAAAACGCGUAUAAGGCAACUCAAACAGAGCGGCGCCAAAAUCUAAAGGCAAGUCCUAAAACAUGAGAAGUUCCACAAGUAAACAGAAAAUUAAAAUAAAAGGGUGGCCAAAUAAUUCCCCGACAUUUACGGGUGUCCCAGUAAGCUAAAACAAACAAUAUAUACUUUUCCAAAAUAAAUUUUCUAAAAUAUUGUUUUCAUACUCUGCAA